AUGACCUCCCUGCUCCCUGUGGGGAACGUCCUGUGGUUCAGGGGGACAGGGCCAGGCCGGGAGUUAAUCUACAAUUUCAAAGGAGGCCACUACCCCCGAGUAACAAAUGUUGGAGACACCACAAAGAGAAACACCACGGACUAUUCCAUCCGCAUCAGUAACAUCACCCCAGCAGACACUGGUAUCUACUACUGUGUGAAGUUCCAGAAAGGGAGCCCUGAUGAUGUGGAGUUUAAGUCUGGACCAGGCACCCAGCUCACCGUGAGUGUCACCCUGCAGGGGGACCCUCCUCUUCGUGGGACGGCCAACUUGUCUGAGACCCUCCGAGUUCCGCCCACCUUGGAGGUUUCCCAGCACCCCACGGCAGGGAACCUGGUGAACGUCACCUGCCAGGUGAACAAGUUCUACCCCCGACACCUAAAGCUGACCUGGUUGGAGAAUGGAGACGUGUCCCGAACAGAAAUGGCCUCAACACUCAUAGAGAACAAGGAUGGCACCUUUAACUGGACGAGCUGGCUCCUGGUGAACUCAUCUGCCCACAGGGAGGAUGUGGUCCUCACCUGCCAGGCGGAGCAUGACAGGCAGCCGGCGGUCACCAAACACCAGACCCUGGAGGUCUCUGCCCACCAGAAGGAGCAGGACACAGGUGGAACCCCUGCAGAUGCCUGCACCUGCUAACUACUCUGUGAAAUUCUCAGAAGGGAGCCCUGAGGACAUGGGGUUUGA